AUGCCUAGCGCUACUGGAGCAGAUUGGCAGAAGUAUACGAAGAAAUUCGCAGAUGACGAGAUAGAAGAGAAGAAGAUCACACCUUUGACUGAUGAGGAUAUCCAGGUGCUCAAAACAUAUGGCGCAGCCCCAUACGCCGCCGGUCUGAGGAAGCUCGAACAGCAGAUAAAAGAGAGACAGAAUAGCGUCAAUGAUAAGAUUGGUGUCAAGGAGUCAGAUACCGGUUUAGCUCCACCUCAUCUUUGGGAUAUUGCCGCCGACCGACAGCGAAUGUCAGAAGAACAACCAUUACAGGUCGCGAGAUGUACAAAAAUCAUUCAAGAUGACAAGGAUACCGAGAAGAGCAAAUAUGUUAUCAACGUUAAGCAGAUAGCAAAGUUCGUGGUGAACCUCGGGGAUCGUGUCAGUCCAACAGAUAUCGAGGAGGGAAUGCGUGUUGGUGUCGACCGAAACAAGUACCAGAUUCUAUUGCCUUUACCGCCAAAGAUCGAUGCCAGCGUUACAAUGAUGACAGUCGAGGAGAAGCCAGAUGUUACAUAUGGUGAUGUAGGAGGUUGCAAGGAACAGGUGGAAAAGCUCCGAGAAGUUGUCGAAAUGCCACUUCUAUCGCCAGAACGAUUCGUAAAUCUCGGUAUUGAUCCACCAAAAGGAGCGCUUCUAUACGGCCCUCCAGGAACUGGAAAGACUCUUUGCGCUCGAGCCGUUGCAAACAGAACAGACGCUACAUUUAUCAGAGUUAUUGGUAGUGAGUUGGUUCAGAAAUACGUAGGAGAGGGUGCGAGGAUGGUCAGAGAACUUUUCGAAAUGGCCCGGACGAAAAAGGCAUGCAUUAUUUUCUUCGAUGAAAUUGAUGCUAUUGGAGGUGCUCGUGUUGAUGAUGGAGCUGGUGGAGACAAUGAAGUCCAAAGAACUAUGUUGGAGUUGAUUACACAGUUGGACGGUUUCGAUGCUCGAGGUAACAUCAAGGUCAUGUUUGCCACCAACAGACCUUCGACACUUGAUCCAGCUCUCAUGAGACCCGGACGUAUCGACAGAAAAAUCGAAUUCUCCUUACCCGACCUGGACGGACGAGCGAACAUCCUCCGAAUUCACGCCAAGAGUAUGUCCGUGGAGCGAGACAUCAGAUGGGAACUGAUCUCACGUCUUUGCCCCAACUCAACCGGUGCCGAGUUAAGAAGUGUGUGUACCGAGGCUGGUAUGUUUGCUAUCCGUGCCCGACGGAAGGUUGCAACCGAGAAGGAUUUCUUGAGCGCUGUCGACAAGGUUAUCAAGGGUAACUUGAAGUUUAAUUCUACUGCUACCUACAUGCAGUACAAUUAG